CCAUGAUCGCUAAUAAGCUUAAUGACAUUGUUUGUAAUUUAGUACUUCUUUUUCACUUGUUUACAAAAGAGAUAUGACUCUGAAUUUUUCAGCUCCAGUACCUUGGUCGAGUGAAAUCGUUUCUGCUCAGAUGUCCGCUGGAGUGCUUCGUCCGCUGGAGUGCUUCGUGAUGUAAUUGUUCUAAGGAUGAACAAAGGUAGUACAAAGUUUUAGAUUGUAAAUCUUUAGAAUCAUACUGUCUAGCGCCUAAUCGUUCAAAAUCUGGCGAGUAACUGAGAUAAUUAAAACCUGAUUGAGAUUUGAAAAGUCUCAAUUAUACCAUUGUAGAGUCACGAAUUGUAUUUUUUAAAUUUCAGCAUAAUGAUGAGAGAGGGCUAUUAAUGUCUGGGAUUUCUGCUGCUUUGUUACAGUCAUCUGACUUUUUACUCGGUGACUUUCUGAGGAAAGAGUUCUCAAUUCACUUGGAACUGGGAGGAAAUGCACCAUUGAUAGUGUUUGAAUCAGCUGAUAUAGAUAGAGCUGUAGAUGGUACCAUGUUGGCAAAGUUCAGAAAUGCUGGGCAAGCUUGUAGUGCUGCUAACAGGAUUCUCAUUAACAAAAGUGUUUAUGCAGAAUUUGUUGAGAAACUUGCAAAAAAAGUUGCAAAACUGAAGAUGGGAAAUGGGCUUGAUGAAGGUAUUAGUGUAGGACCACUUGUUAACAGCAAAGCUCACGCAAAAGUAGCAUCAUUGGUUGAAAGUAGGGAAGUUGGUCGUUUAGCUCCGGACAGUCUAUGCAACGUCUAUGCAACAGAAAAUAAUGAGUUACCGAUCUUUCACGAGGAGAUAUUUGGACCGGUGGCGUCAUUGUUUAGUUUUGAUACAGAAACCGAAGCGGUUGAGAUGGCUAACAACACACGAUAUGGUUUACAAGCAUACAUUUUCACCCAGGAAUUGUCUCAAGCAUGGAGGGUUUCUGAGAAUUUGGAGUGUGGAAUGGUUGCUGUUAACGAAGGUGCUAUUAGGAGUGCUAACAAUCCAUUUGGAGGCUGGAAGGAGAGUGGAAUUGGUAGAGAAGCUGGACAUUUGGGUAUAGAUGAAUUUACUGAGGAUAAGCUUAUUUGCUUUGGACUUUGA